AUGUCCACCACAGACCAACAUCCAACAACCCUCCGCCUAGCCUCAGGCAACGGCCCGAUAACUCGCUCCAUCCUCCCCCACCCACCUCGCGAUGCCCUCCCCUCCGAGCUUCCCAUCAUCUCCCUCGCCCCUCUCUUCUCCUCUUCGUCCUCUCUCGCCUCUCGCAUGGAAGUAGCCCAACAAAUCCGCCAAGCAGCCACGACAAAUGGCUUCUUCUACAUCAAAGACCACGACGUCCCCUCCUCUAUAAUCCAAGAAGCAGAAACCGCCGCCUUCACCUUCUUCCGCUCCCCAACCUCACUCAAAGAAAAAGCAAGCAUGCACAACUCCCUCUACAAAUACGGCUGGAAACCUCCCCGCACGCAGCGUCUAAACCCGUUUGAGAGCGUCGACCAUCGCGAGAGUUUUUCUUGGAGAUAUGAUCCCCGCUACGACCCAUCCGUUAACGACCUGGCGGAAAUUCCGGAGGAAGUAAUGAGAUUCAUCAAACAUGACGCGGACGAUUACCCGUGGAGUGCCGUCCCUUUGGAGUUUAAAGGGCCGGUGAUUGGAUAUUUUCAGGCGGUUUUGGGGCUGGGAAGGGUCUUGCAAAGGGCGUUUGCGCUGAGACAGAAGAUGGGGGACGAGACGAGGGUGUCCAUCGGCUCGCACACCGACUUCCAGCUUUUCACCAUCCUCGGCCAAGACCAAGUAGGCGGUCUACAAGUCCUGUCGAGAUCAGGACAAUGGCUCAAUGCCAAGCCGAUCCCGGGAACGUUUGUGGUCAACUUUGGGGAUUACAUGCAGAGGAUUACCAACGAUAAGUAUGUUAGUACGGUGCAUCGGGUGCAGAACUACUCGGGAAGGGAGAGGUUGAGCAUGGCGUUCUUCUUUGGGUUCAACUUGAAUGAGACGUGCGAGGUUUUGGAUAGCUGUGUGGAUGUGGAGAAGGGAGAGGAGAAGAAGUAUGAGGCUGUUAGUUGUUGGGAGUGGACGCAGAGGAGGGUGAGGAUGAUGCAUGAUGUUAAGGGGGGUGGAAGUUAG